UUUAUACAACAUGAAUGUCGCUGAUUUCAACAAUAGGUCAAAGUCGCUCCAGUGUUUGUUGAUCGUUGUCUUGGUUACCAUUUUAUCGGCGCAGGCGCAGAAACGGCACGGGUCGGUGUAUCGUUCUGGCAAAGGGCACGGUGGCGGCCAACAUGUCGUGAAUCAGUACCCUCCCUUUCAGCCGAGUGUUGAUAUUGUCGGAAGCGGCAUCAACGGCCCAAGUUUCGGAGGCAGUGAUUCGGGAUACGACUUGGGCGCAGGCGGACCGGAUAUGGGAGUCAGCGGCCCGAGCAUGAUGGGAAGUCACGUGGGUGGAAAACUGUUUCCGGUUGAGAGAAUUACAAAGCACGUGCGGACUACAGAGCACCAUUACGAUGACGGCGGAUCGACAGGUGGCGGAAUUGCCGGAAAUAUGGUUGGAGGUCAUGCCGGAAGUAUGCCCGGGCGUAAUUCAAUAAAUAUGGGAGGGAUUACCGGGAGCGGCGGAAUGGUGGGCGGCGGUGGAGGCAAAAUGCACAGGAUGGGUGGACCGAUGCUUAACGGUGGAGACAUCGGUAUCUCUGAUAUGGUGGACUCCGGAAUCGGCGGAACCUUGCAGCAGCCUCGGCCGCGGCCCCAGCCCAGGCCCCAGCCCGAGCCGUAUCCCAUGCCAUAUCCUGUUCCGGUACCAACACCGGUACCAAUACCAGUUCGUCCGGACGUUGUAAGACCAUACCCUGUGCGUAUCCCCGUACCUGUGCGUAUUCCACAGCCCAUUCCAGUCCGCGUCCCGGAGCCCAUUACCGUUCGCGUGCCGGAACCAUACCCGGUACCGUAUCCAGUCAAUGUCGGCGGGGGUUCUGCGCCUUCGAAUUCGGAUAGAUAUCGCGGUAAUUGUGACGAGUUUUACCGCUGCAUGAGUAUGUAUGGUUACCGCGCCUGUUACCAGUAUGAUGUCGGAUGUGAAAGGACGUACGGAGGUGCGGGGUAUAACCAAUACCAGGGAGGUAUCAACGGUAUGGGUGUUAUGGGACCCGGUUACCCGGGAGGUUUCGGAUACGGAAUGGAUUACCCGGACAUGGAUUACAAUUACAUGCCUAAUAUGGGCAGACCAGAAUACGGGAUGGGAAUGUACGGUCACGGAAGUUAUUCAAGAAACGGUAUGGGGAUAGCUGGAGGUGGGAUUGGUAUGGGAUAUGGUCAAAUGGCGUAUGGACGUGGGGAUAGUUGGGGUUUCGGAAUGGGAGGUGGUAUGGGAAUGAGGGGAGGAAUGGGUAUUGGCGGUCGAGGAUGGAAUGCUGGAAUUGGAGGAAUGGGAGGUGGAUUUGGAAUGGGAGGUGGGUUAGGAAUGGGAGGUGGGUUUGGAAUGGGAGGUGGGUUUGGAAUGGGGGGUCACGGCUGGGGAAUGGGUGGUAUGGGAGGCUGGGGAGGUGCGCGGGGUGGCGCCUGGUCUAGGCGAGCUGGUGGGCGGGCGGGCGGUGGCGGCGGUGGUGCCAAUGGAGAGGGAAGUGGAGGCGAGGGCGGUGAGGGAGGUAGCGGUGGCAGCGGCGGCAGCGGCGGUAGCGGCGGUAGCGGUCACAGAUGUAACGGAUAUUACUGUUAUAACGACGACGAAGACGAUUAG